CCAUGGCGCCCACGACAAUCUCGCAGCUCCCUAGCGAGCUGCUCCUUUAUAUCUUCGACUUCCUCCACGAGCCACCUGCAUCUGACCAGCGCCAUUAUGACGACCCGGCACACAUUUCCAGACCCAUUGCUGCAGAUGGCAAGCCAAAUCAAUAUAGCACAAGUCCGCACGACGACCUCAACCACUUCCGUGGCAACAUCAAGAGUGCAUCUCUUGUUUGCCACCUCUGGAGACGCUGCCUCUUGCCAUUGCUCUUCCGGGACAUUGUCUGGAGAUUCCAACACAUCAUCCGCCCUUCCGAGCGGCAAGAUCCGCUACACGCCGUUGAAGAGCUCGAGUUUCUACGCUUCCUCACUCGGGCUGGGCUUGCACGCUGCGUGGACAACCUGACCAUCAUCAUCGACUAUCCCGAAUCCGAAGUUGGCGAGGACGCCAUGCAUCACGCCAAUUGGGGCGUCCUCCCUAGCCACUGCCCUGCGCCGGACAACCGAGGGUUUAAUAACGGUCUCGUAGCCCCUGAAUCAACUCCCGACACAACUUCAAAGUGCCAGUCCAACGAUUGGCUUUGGCACACCAUCUUUGACAAACUGGACCUCCUGUCCAUCAACCUCAUCAGCUCCCCGGCCAUUCUUGCAUCGUUACUAGGGCGGCCAAUCAACCUGUCUGGGGCCUGGAUCUUCCGUCAACGGUUUCACAUUCUCUCCCUGUCGAGGCCCGCGGACCAGCGCCAACAAAACUUGACCAGCAUUGACGAUUCGACAAUGGCGUCACCGAAUCUCCCGCCAUCGGGCAGAGCACAAACACCAGCAACCAGCCAUUGCUCGCUGUUCAGCAUCCGCCCAUGGGCCUCCAUGCUCCUCAACGAAGGAUCCUCCGUCAAAGUCUACACCACAUACGAAUACUUCCACCACACGCCCCCUUCUCUCCUGCCCGCCCUCUUGGACUCUGGCGACGAAUCCAUGCAGCCCCUGCUGCAAACCACCAUCCGCUCCUUUUCCUACAUCGCCAUCUUCCCGCUCGCCAACCACAUCAACAACAUCCUCAUCCCUCGCGUCCCAGCCCUCGAGCGCUUCUACAUCCAGAUCGUGCCGCGGGCGCCCAGCUUCGCCGAGGACGACUACCGCCACCCCGCCAUGGACAUUUCGGAUCUGUGGAUGGAGCGCAACACGGCCUAUGCACAGCUGGUCAUGGCAGUAUUCGACCCGCCGCCGCUGGGGCUGUGGAACAGCCUGCAGUGCUUUGAGAGUGGCGACGCCAUCGAUAGGGAAGCCUGGGAGCAGGCUGUCCGAUAUGUCAUCUUCGCGGCGGGUGCGACGUGGAAAGUUGCUGGGGAGGGAAAGUUUGUUCGCAGGGACGAUGCCAUGCUUAUCUCCUGA